CAUCAAUUCUCUCCCGUCACUCAAAGCGCACGGACGUGCAGAGCGUCGCUGCGUAUCCGCAAUAGUAAGUUCGUUCGCGUACGUGAAGCUGUGUUAUGAAUUGCUAUUCUACAUUAAAAAAAAUAGGAUAAAUAAUUGCAUCCACAGCUGGCCACCAUCUUCUGCGCGUAGGAAAUCGAAUUUCCGUUAAAGUGUGUUCACUGUACUGUAGCCGGGAUCGCUCGGUCAGGCGCCGCUGUGUGACCAGGAAAGCGAACCCAACAGGCACAACGGGUGGCGUUUGUCAGCAGUUCGUCCUUUUAUCCCUCAGUGUGUGUGUGCGUAAGUUUGUGUCGUGUGCCCUACAAUCAGCACCUGCCCAGUCAUACCAGCAGCAGCAGCAGCUGGCCACAGUGUUCGUCCUUGAGCUAGGCGCGAGCGAGUGCGAGAAGCAAACUCCCUCCAAUAGAGUGUUUGUGUGAGUGCGUGCGUGCCGGUAUUGGUGCGUGUAAUACAGAGCGGCACGGUGUAUGCGUGCCUGUGUGUAGAAGAGAAGUGAAAAAAGGAUAUCGAUUAAUAACCGCCAAAACAACAACGCAACAAGGCAGAAAGGGCGACGGCCAACGGUGUCAGCUGGAACCGGGUGUCAAGAAACUGGCGGGUCAAGAAGAAUCAUUGUGUAUUGCCGUCGAUUCUGCUGUUUUUUCUUUCUCGGUCAACGAUCCUAGGCCUACAGUUGGACCAAUUCGUAAUGUGAGUCAUCUUUACUCGGACACUUGUUGGAAAUAAUCGCACUCCAUCCAAGGCAGCACAACUGGGGGCCCGCCCUUCGAUCCAUCCGUGCAAAAGUACAAAUGCAUUGAUAUAGCUUCACGUUCAAAAAAAGGAAUCAAUAUCAAACGAAACUGGACCUGGACAUCAGCAGACACCAAACGAAACCCAUUUUAGCAUAAAAACCUUCUAAAGCAUGUACAACAUGAGCGCGGCCAGCAUUCUCGAACUGCAGACCUGGAUCGUCUACCAGCGCAUCGCGGCCGAGUGUGCCAACUGUUUGUUUAUGACGGAUAAUGCCUUCAAAGCGAAGGACAUUGGGCUGCGGGCGCAGAAGAAAAUCCUCUCCCGGAUGGCAAGCAAAAAUGUGGCUAAAGUGUUCAUCGACGGUACGACCGCGUCCCUUCUAGACAACGUUUACCGAUUGGUAAAGGUGCAUACCGGCAGCAAAAAGGAUGCGGAACGAUUGGUUAAGAACAUCAUCAAAAUCGUGAUCAAAAUUGCCGUCCUGCACCGGAACGGGCAGCUGAAUGCGGACGAGCUGCGCCAGGCGGACCGGUUCCGCACCAAGUUCCAAACGCUCCAGAUGGCGAUCCUGUCCUUCUACGAGGUGGACUACAGCUUCGAUCUCAACUAUCUGCAGAAAUCGCUCGCCGACUGCCGCAGCCUGUUGCGCUCGUGCGUGGUGCGCCACCUGACGGACAAAUCGCUCGGCCGCAUUGACGAGGUGUUUGACACGUUCGCUGACUCCGCCCUGCUCGAGACGGCCUUCCGGCAGGACUCGCCGUACCGGGAAAUCAUGGACAAGAUUGUGGUCGAUCUGAACAAAGCGAUGGAGAAUGGAGACAUUUAAUGCUGGGGAAAUUCCUUGGCUCCGUCUGCAUGCAAGUUGCUCUCGAAAGAAGAAGAAACAAAAAAUCGGACAAAAAGAUGUCUUUCAUCUGCUGCCAGCGACGAAGCUUCUUGGGGUGUGGGGUAGAAAGCAAACCCCACCCCUCUGAAACUGUACCCAUCGUGUAUGACCGCACCGCACCGCAAGGCUUUAGAUUUCCGCAGCAGAAGAUCAUCACCAAACGUGAUCAUCAUCGCCCAUGUCGCGAGUCGGCCGCUUUUCUCGGUUGAGCGGGAGCCGAUCGAUGCACCAAAGCUGCGCACGGGAGUUCGAGUGCAGCAAGAAGGAUAAUUAAUUUCAAACCCAAAUCGAAAAGCAAGUCACACAUUUACUGAGGGGAAAUGGGAAACGGGAAAAGCGAAGCAAAACAUUUCAGUUUUUUAUUUAAUGCAACGAUCGUGUUUAAGUUAAGUUUUCGAAUAGCUACGUAGUCAUAGCAAUUAACGCUUGUGUCCUGUUUUGCAUUCGGUAAGGUCGAGGAACAGGCGUGGUAGGAUAAAUAAAAGGGAGAUAGAGAGAGAGAGAAAAGUAUUAAAAGAAAGGAAGUACAUACUCAAGCAUCUUAUCGUGAGGUUAAUUGUCCAUAUCAAUUAAGUCAGUGGCGGGGUGGAUGAGCUUUUGGGAAGUGCAUAAUAACGUACGUAUGGUUAGCGCGGUUAUAGAGAAAGCAGUAUUGUAGACUUUGCACUAUUGGCGCUACUGUUGAAACACUUCUACACACUUUUGCUAGUAUGACACAUCGGCGUCACAAUUAUCAUGGAAAGGAUGGCACAACUUACGCAUAAAAUGGCUAGAAUGGGUAAAGAACCCCCCUAGAACACACGGCAGCAGUAUGACCUCACUUCGAUUCAUAUCUCACACAUACACACACAGCUAGCAGAUAUAAACACAUCACUAGACGAGCAACUACACUGCUAAAACAAAACACAGUGAGGACCAGUUUUGAUGACCACUUUUGAAACACUAGCAAAACACAAAACCACAAAUCUCUAUUCCAUUCUGAACGCUGUCUGAAUAUAGCAAGAUAAGAACGUAUUCAUAAUGCACCAACAACACAACCUGAAGCAAGUCUUAGAAAAAUCUACACAACCAAUAGGAACAAAAUUCCGAAUGUACUGGAUUAUUGCGGAGCGUUAGAAAUGGCAUUUGAUCGGUGGUAGAGCCGUGCGUAUGUUAAACUCGUGCGUCGUUGUGUUAGAUACAGAACCGAAUUACAAGCUGAAUGGAAUUGUUGAAUGUUUUGCUGUGCAACAUGUUUGCUGUGUUUGAACGCGCUAUUGUAUGUUAAUGAACAGAUGCUAUGAAAAUGGAACGAAUUGCAUGGGCAGUGUAAAAUACUGUCAUCAUUUGUGUAAGUGUGUAGGCGUGGAAGGAAAGCCGUUGAUAUUAAUUGAAAUAAAACCGACGAUAUUUUGAAUGGGCACGUAGAAAA